AGCUGGAGGACCGCACGUGUAGUAGUCUAGUGUCAACAUGGGGAAAAGAAACCAGAAACAGCAGCUAUUCACAACUUUAACCAAGAAACAGAAGAAACACUUAAAGGAAUUCGGAGAGGAGCAUCCGUUUCAUGAUGUAGUCGGUGCAAGACCUGAAAGAACUGAGAUAUUGGAACUGCCAGCCAGUCCAGAACAUUCAGAUGUUGAGCCUGAUGAGUUGGAGGAUAAGAAUGAGGAAGAGGAGCCCGAGCAGAAAUCAGCCUAUCAGAAGCUUCUUUCAACUCUAAGCAAAGCCACCAGUAAUGACCAGAGUGAAGAGGAGAGCACCGAUGAAGAGGAGGAGGAAGAAGAGCUUCUUGGUGAAGUGGACAGUGAUGGAGUUGAUGAUGACAGUGAGCAUGAUGAAGGAGGUGAGGAAGAACCUGAGGAUGCAGAUGAGGCUCUGACUGAAGCGCUGGAAGGAGAGGAGAUGAAGGAGGCAGGAGAUGAGUUUGAAGACAAGGAACAUGAAACUCAGUUCUGUCUGGAGACCAACUUCACAGAGGACGGAGGACAAGAGGACGCUGACAGCGAUGCAGAGCAAGAUGACAGCAAGGACAUAUUUGUGCAGCAUUUGAACACAGAGCUUAGUGAAGACGAUGUGCAGAAGAUGACGACUGGCAGCAAAACUAAGGCUCAGAUUACGUGGCCAAAACUGGGCUCUUUACUUUGCACCAAUCCCUUGGAGAAAUUUGGACCCAUCGGCCCCCACAGAGACACAAACCUGCCAGUGUUCCACAGGGUUCUGGAGAGCCACUGGAGGGAUCUGAACAAGAUCUCCAACUUUAAGGGGGUGUCGGAGGAGAUCAGCCCACUGCAGCAAGAGCUGCUGUCUCUGAUGGGCUCCUACAAGGACUUCUACUUCCCAGAGAUGUGUCCUGUGAACCAGGGCCCACAGGUCUGCAGCACAUACUGCCUCCACGUGCUCAACCACGUGCUGAAGGCCAACUCCAGAGUCCUGGCCCACAACGCGCUGCUGAGGGAGCAGAAGACCCAGAACAGAGCUGGAGCUGAGCCAAAGGACGAACCCAGAGACCAGGGACUGACCCGGCCCAAGGCCCUGAUCCUGGUCCCGUUCCGCGCCGGAGCUAUGCGAGUCGUCCAGACGCUCAUCGGCCUGCUGGAGUCCAAAGGCAAAAAGAUCGUGGUGAGCAACAAGAAGAGGUUCAAAGAUGAGUUCGGAGAGGAGGAAGAUGAAAAUCCGUCCAAUCUGCAGAGACCAGACGAUUACCGCACCAUCUUCUCGGGCAACGUGGACGAUCACUUCAGGAUAGGCAUCUCCAUCGUGAGGAACAGCAUACGUCUGUACGCCCCCUUUUACUCCUCCGACAUCAUCAUUGCGUCUCCGCUGGGCCUCCGCACAGUGCUGGGAGCAGAAGGAGAAAGUAAGAGAGACUUUGACUUCCUCUCCUCCAUCGAGAUGCUGGUGGUGGACCAGGCGGACGUCUUACUCAUGCAGAACUGGGAACACGUGUUGCAUGUGAUGCAGCACAUUAACCUGCAGCCGCUGGACCCUCAUGGAGUGGACUUCUCCAGGGUGAGGAUGUGGAACCUGAACAACUGGGCCCGGCACUACCGGCAGACAAUGGUGUUCAGCUCCAUCCAGGACCCUCAGAUCAACAACAUCCUCACCAAGCAGUGCGCCAACUACCGCGGACAGAUUGCGACCAAGAACAUGCCGGAAACUGGCUCCAUCUGCCAGGUGAUGGUUCAGCUGCCUCACGUGUUCCAGAUGUUCCCCUCCGACAGCUUCAUCGACCAUGAUGCACGGUUUCAGUUCUUUUUAGAUAAAGUGCUGCCUCAGUACAGGGACUCUGUUAUGUCCCACACGCUGAUCUACGUCCCGUCUUACUUUGACUACGUCCGGUUGCGCAACCACAUGAAGAAAGAGGAGAUAAACUUCGCCAGCAUCUGCGAGUACUCCAGCAAGUCGGAGGUGUCGCGAGCCCGACACUUCUUCCAGAAAGGAGAUCAUCAGUUCCUGCUCUUCACUGAACGCUUCCACUUCUACAAGAGGUAUACCAUCAAAGGGAUCCAGAACCUGAUAUUUUAUGGCUUGCCCUCCUACCCGCACUUCUACAGCGAGGUGUGUAACAUGCUGGCAGCGGGGGGUCGGGGGGAGGAGGCCAGCUGGACCUGCACCGCCCUCUACUCCCGCUACGAUGCCCACAAGUUAGCUGCCAUCUCUGGAGUGCAGCGAGCCGGACAGAUGCUGCACUCCAACAAGACUGUUCACCUCUUUGUUACAGGAGGGGAGGAUAACGCCUCCUGAUGGAGAGGGACACAUUCAAGAGAGACACUUCAUAAAACCAAGGGAGAUAUCUGCUGUCGCCCGUUACAGCAGGAGGAUCUGUUGUUGGAUGAAAGUGGCCUUGUGACACAUCAGUCUUGAAAAUGUGGAUAAACACCAGAUUAAAACAUAAUUAUGGGUUUGGUUAAUGUGUCGUAGAUGGAAGCCAUCCAGAGAUAUUGGUCACAAAAUGAAGAGAUCAUAAAAAAUAGUCAAACUGUGUUAUAAAGCUCCUAGGUGAUCAGGCUGUUGAAAUGUUGAAUGAAUGAGUAUUUCCAGUUUAUAUACAUACAUUUUUCUUCCCUUUUUAAUUGUUAAAAGUUCAUAUUUGUAGCAAUACCUGUCCUGAUUCACUAUGGUUGUAACAAUGAUGGCAAACCCAAUAUAAAAGCUUUUCAAAUUAAAGCUGGGGUACGCAGCUUAUUUUUGGCAUCAUUGUACAUUAAAUAUCUAGGAGAAAACUAUACUUAAACACCUGUAGUAACGUUUUUAUAAAAGUUUCAAAGAAGUUUUUACAAAAGCAAACGCUGUUUUAAGAUGGUGAAAACAAUAAACGGCAUAAUAUCC